UUACCUAAGUAAAAGAGGUGUUACGUGUGCAGCAAACAUGGCUGUAAGAUGUGAGAUGAGUUUGGAUGCUAUUUUGGCCAGUCGUAUUCUCAAUAGAGACAGACUGGACAAGCCUUGCAGUCCAGAGUGUCUAAAAAAGAUGGCUUUAAAGCUCACCCGUUGGAAAAUCCUCUCUCCUAGCCUGGGGCUCACUUCUGAAGAAGAACACAAAAUUCUAAAAUCUCAUCAAAAGAAUUCUCAAAGAAGAGUUGGCAUGCUGAAUUUGUGGCAAGAGAAAUUUGGAGAUCAGGCGACUUACUUAAAACUAGCGACCGGGUUUGAGGGGGCCAAGAUGACAGAUAUGAUCAUCAGUCUAUUGGACUGGUUGAAGGAGGCCGAGAGUCCAUCGACAGGGAGACGAGUGACUAGGGUCCCCAAACUAGACGACAUGCCUAAACCACAGCAGCUGAUACGUGUGGUCGGGAAAAGUGGAAAAGAGAUUGUCAUUCGAGACCAAAUCAUGUUUGAUUGGGAGAUUCUCUACAUGCAGCUGAACCCUGACGAACCCUCGGAGGAAACUGAUGCUAAAGUGAAUGAAAUUCGUACAAGCUCUCGACGACAAGACGAUGAGGCUUGUCGCGAGGUGCUACUCAUGUGGUUGUCAGGGGUAACCAGUAGAAUGCCCAUCACCUGGGCAACGCUGAUUGGACUGUUGCGAGACAUCAAACAAGAAGAAUUGGCCGAAGAAUUGACAGAAGAAUUAGACUCUGAACUGAACAGCACAUAGAUACUGAAUUACAGAUUAUUCAUUGAUGCAUGCAUGCACAUGCACACACAAAUUGCAAUUAAUUUGCAAUUCAUUAGCACUUGUAUGACUACUAUUUUUAUUGCAUGCACCA